AUGGUCGUCCUCCUGCCCUUACUCUCAUUGCUGGGCAGUGUCGCAGCCCAACCGAUCGACCAGGAAAAACCUAACUACCACGACAAUGCUGGAGUCCUGAAAUACGUCAAUCCCAUGAUCGGCACCUAUGGAACAACCCCCAAUGGCAACGGAGGCAUGAUUCCGUCGAUAUCAACACCAUUCGGCAUGACGCGCUGGACGCCGCAAACGCGCGAGAAUUUCAUCUCGCAGGUCCCCUACGGCGCGAGUGAUCGUCUCAUGCAUGGCUUCCAGGCCACUCACCAGCCUGCCAUCUGGAUGGGUGAGUCUGGCCAAGUGGUGAUUACCCCGGGAAUGGGUGAUGUGCAGCCUUUAUUCCAGAACCGAGGACUUGCUUUCCGGAAAAGUGAUGAGCGGAGCACUCCGUAUGUCUAUGAGGUGCUUCUAGACGCGACCCAAUUGAUGAAUCGCGACUGGAAUGCCACGGCUGAAGCGGCAGGUGAUGGGCCUGAUCCUGGCGGUGCUGGCGCAGUGCCAAGUGAUGUACAGGAAGGGAGCAAUGGCAGGGUACGAAAGCGCCACGAGGAGCAGAAUACUUUGGACAGCAGAAAUGAACAAGCGGCGGAGCACCAGCGAUCAAUUCAGGUUGCUUUAUCCGCGAAGUCUCAUGCCAGCCAUCUUCGAUUCGACUUUCAAACAGAUAAAAAGACACCGGAUGACGAGCGAGUCUCGCCCUGGGUUUUCGUUCAAGUUUCUCGCAGAAAUUGGACCGGAGAAGUGCAUAUCGAUGCCAACCGAAGAGAAAUCUAUGGGUAUAACACAGAGCGUCAAGACUAUCUACUGGGACCCGAUCACGCCCCGUCGUUCAAAGGAUAUUUCGUUUCCCAAUUCUCAGAGCCCUUUGUCGCGCAAGGCGUCACGAACGGAAACGAAACCGAGGGCGCUCUGGAAAGAACUGGCAAUUUCACCGGCGCAUACGUCAAAUUCCAGAAAGAUACUACUCGAGUGGAAGUUCGGACUGGUGUUUCCUUUGUUAGCAUCGAGCAGGCGCGAAGGAACCUUGAAAUCGAGACUCCGACCAGUUCAACGAUCGAGGACACUGUGAAGGACGUGAAGCAAGCUUGGCUCGAAAAGCUUGGGCGUGUAUCGAUUGAGGGAGUCAACAAGACUGAUCCAGAUCAAAACCCUCGCACAAUUUGGUAUACAGGGCUGUUCCAUUCUCUCCAGUAUCCGAGUGAUUAUUCAGAACCGCUUUCCGAUGCCGAUAACUCUUCGCGAAUUUUCUACUCCGGAUACACCGAUAGUGUACACACAAGCGACGACUCAUACUACCAGUCAUGGUCGAUCUGGGACACUUACCGGGCCGAGCACUCCGUUUUGACACUAUUUGCACCCGAGAGAGUGAACAGCAUGAUGCGAUCUCUGCUUCGCAUCUUCGACUGGUCAGGCUGGCUGCCCAUGUGGGCUAAUGUCGUUGAGACGAACAUUAUGAUCGCAACCAAUGCCGAUGCAGUGCUCGCCAACGCGCUCGAGCGAGGCUUCCGCGACUUCAACGUCUCCAAAGCAUGGGAGGCUGUGAAGAAAGAUGCCUACACCCCACCCGAUCAUGAUACCGAGCUCCUGUAUUACGACCGCGAGCCUUUUACCCCUGUCGAGGCUCGCGCUGGCCUGACCGCGUAUAUGAAGCAAGGAUGGGUGUCGAACGAUGGGUGGUCCGAAGCCGGAAGUCGCACGUUGGAUUAUUCCUUCGAUGAUUUCGCAUGCUCAGUUGUUGCUCAGCAUGCAGGCGUUGAGCAGACCGCAAUUGAUGCCUUACGCACCCGCAGUGGUAACUACAAGCAUAUUUGGAACAACGAGACGCAGUUCAUGCAGGCUCGCAAUGCGAACGGUAGUUGGGCCAAUAACACUUGGGGCUGGACAGAAGGGGAUGACUGGGUCUACACAUUCGACGUCAUGCAUGAUGUGCAGGGUUUAGCCGAACUCUUUGGUGGGCCCAAAGCCAUGGCCAAGAAGAUGGAUACAUACUUCCAAGGCGGGCACAAUGAUCAAACAAACGAGCCUAGCCACCACGUUCCCUACCUUUACUCCAUGCUCGGCUACCCCGAAAAAGCCGCUGACACCAUUCGCGAAAUUGCCUGGUCAAAUUACAAUGCCACUAGCGGGGGCCUUGGCGGGAAUGAAGAUUUGGGUCAGAUGAGUGCCUGGUAUCUGUUUACUGCGCUCGGCUUCUACCCCGUCAAUCCUGCUAGCGACGAGUAUGUUAUCGGUACCCCAUUUUUCGAGAAGGUAUCGAUCCGCCUACCAACCGGUGCCGCAAAUGGAGGUAGGGAAACCAAGCAACUGGAGCACGUUCUGGUCAUCAGCGCGCCCGGAGCCCCCAGCCAGCCAUAUAUCAGAAGCCUCAAGAUCGAUGGGAAGCACAUUGCCUCGCCUAUUAUCAAACACAGUGAUAUUGUCGGCGCGACCCGAAUCGACUUUGAGAUGAGCGGGGACCCAACAACCUGGGGCACACGCCCUGCCUGGUCAAACAGAGGAUGA